AUGGAAGUAAAAGAGGAACCUCAGGAAGUGAAUGAAGUGGAGGAGAGACAACAUGAACAUCAUGAUGUCAUCGCUGAAAAACAAUCCUCCUUACAAACAUCAACUAAGACAAGAGAAACCAAAAAUUCUGUUAUUUCACAUCAGCGUGGAAAGAGAUCCACUAAAAAUGAACAAUAUAUUGAUGACGUUAACAUUAAGGAUAAAGGCAGACAUCACGUGUGCCAGCAGUGUGGAAAGAGUUUUACAUACACAAAUAACUUCAAGAAACAUGUGAAAAAUCACACUAGAGAGAAACUGUACAAAUGUCCCCAUUGUGAAAAGAGUUUUACGAGUAGAAGUAACUUUCAGAAACAUUUGAGGACUCACACUGGAGAGAAACCCUUCACCUGCUCUCACUGUGGAAAGGGUUCUACACAGAAAGGGACACUUCAGAUUCAUGAAAGGAUUCACACCGGAGAGAAACCUUACACCUGCCCUCAGUGUGGAAAGAGUUUUAACAUAAAAAGACAUUUUAAGGGUCACAUAACAGAUCACACUGGAGUGACACCAUACACCUGUCCUAAAUGUGGAAAGAGUUUUAUACAGAAAGGUCACCUUAAGAGUCACAUAACAAUUCACACUGGUCACAGACCUUUCCAGUGUGGAAAAGGUUUCACGCAAAGAGGAUUCCUGAAAAUUCACUUGAGGAUUCAUACAGGAGAGAAACCUUUCACAUGUCCUCAGUGUGAAAAGAGUUUUACAACUGCGUCCAAUCUUAAAAUUCACCAGCGCACUCAUUAUGAAGAAAGCUCAUUUAUCUGUGAUGAGUGUGGAAAAACAUGUGUAUCAGCAAUACUCCUGGAAAAACACCAGAAACUUCAUGCCGGUGAUAAACCUUACAUGUGUUCUGUUUGUGGAGUUUUCCAGUGAUUGAAUAUUUGAAAAGAUACAAGAAAAUACAUACAGCUGAGAAAACUCAUGUUUGUUCUGAUUGUGGGAAAACAUUUUUGAGACCCGGAGCCUUGAAAACCCAUCAAAGAACCCAUACUAGAGAAAAACCAUUUACAUGUUCACAUUGUGGUAAGAAGUUCUCUCAUGCGUGUAACUGGCAGAGUCACGAGAGAAUCCAUACUGAUGAGAAGCCGUAUCACUGCCAUCAGUGUGGAAAAAGUUUCUCCUCAUCUAGUGGUCUAACGAAACAUAAAAAAUUAGGUUGCUGAAAAUAAGCACCAAACUUCAGAAAAAAAUUAUUCAGUUGCAGUGUUCACUUGACACUACAAAAUAAAAUUGAUUCCUACUUUACUCACCUUCCAUCUCGCAAGUAUAUGAUUUAAUUGUGAUUUUUUUAUAUGUUUUUUUUUUUUUUUUACAGUUUUUGGGCAUAAUAGUAGAGAGUUGACAGUUGAGAUCGACCGAUACUGAUUUUUUUAAACCGAUGCCAAUACCAAAUAUUUGGAUGCUUAUGUGCCCGAUAACCGAUAUGCUGAACCGAUUUUUAUUU